AUGGCGCAAGCCCCAGGAGAUCCCUUCUCGUCGGGCUUCCGACACGCCGCGCAACCACACGUCGAGAAAUACCUCUUGCCGUUGAAGAAGAGGGCGGCGCCCACGAGCGACGGUGGCGACCGCAGCAGCGCCGGCGAUCCGUUCGUGGUCCCGCCGAAGAAGAGACGGGUGAUGGUGGACACCGGGGGCGAGGGCAGCACCAGCACCCACGCGAUCCCGGCUCAGAGCCGGCCUAGGCGAGUGGCGGCGUGCAACGUUGCGUACGCGAGCAUGGAGGACGAGGAAGCCGGCACGUCGGCGGCCGGGGCGGCAGGAUCGAAGAAGAAGAACAGGAACAGGAAUAGCGGUAAAAACAAGGGACCGCGGCCGGCACGGGGCGCCGCCGCCCCGCUGGUCAACAGGCCGCUGCGCCUCAGCAUGGAGCAGCAGCAGCACCUGAGGUCGCUCGGCGCCACGGCCCCGCAGUUCGUCUUCAUGAAGACCCUCCAGAAGAGCGACGUGGAGCGCAACCAGAACCGGCUGCUCUUCUCGUGCAAGCGCGAGUUCAUCCAGGCCCACCCCAUCACCUGGCUCCUGGCCGAGGAGGAGACAUACUUCGUGCAUGAGUGGGGCGACGGGCUGAGCGUUGGCGUCAUGGACGACCACGACAAGCAGUUCAACUUCAAGCUCAAGUACCUCGACUCCAACGGCGGGUACCGCUUCAUCGGCCCCGGCUGGAAGGACUUCGUGGCCGAGAACAAGCUGCUGGAGCCGGUGAGCGACGGCCUUCACUUUGUCAUCGAGCUGUGGGCGUUCCGGUCGCCGUUGUUGCCCGCGCAGCCCGAGGGUCCCGACGUCGAGGGUCUGGAGGGCCACCCUGACGGCACCCUCGGGUUUCUCUUCCGAGUGUAUCACGACGAGAGCAGGGACGACGUCCACCGCGGCGGCGAGGAAGAAAGGCGGCCGGUCCAGAAGACGAAGAGGCAGGCGCCGGCCAAGGCGGUGCCAUCAAAGAAGCUUGCAGGUGCCGGUGCGCAUGUGAGUCAGGGCCAAGCCGUGGCGCGGGACGUGACGAGGGCUGAGAUAGUCGAGGCGGUUGGGGAGGAAAUGUCGGAUGCCUUGUUCGGGCUGUUGAUGCUAAGGAGAAGAAUUUGA